AAUUGAGUUCCAUUAGGUUGCCUCUCAAAACGACUUGUCUCAGGUCUCCCCGAUUCUCAUCUCUUCUGCCACUCCAACUGACUCGUGCCGCCGUUUCCUCGGCCUCCACCAAUUCUCGGCAGCCGAGACCGACAUCGGACUCUGCUUGAAUGGAUGACAAAGAACGCGAUUUUGAUUCUCCACACUCAGACGGAAGUCCAAACGUGCAGAAAAAUAAAAAGAAGAAGCGGUUAUUCAAUGAAGCAGAAGAGGUUUGCAAUGAUGUAAGCGCAAGAAAGGAUAAAAAGAAGAAGAAAAAGCGUUUUUUGGUAGAAGCCGGGAAGGCUGAAGAUGGAAAAGAGGUUAACGGAGAGAGUCGUACAAAGGAGGAGGAGGAACACGAGCUUAAUGGAAUGGGUUUGCCGGUCGAGGGGAAUUCGGAAUCGGACGUUGAGGGUGCAAGUAGUCGGAAAAAUAAAAGGAAGAAGAGAUUAUUGAAGGAAAUCGCGGCGGCUAACAGGCGCGGUGUUUGCUAUUUGAGUCGGAUUCCUCCGCACAUGGAUCACGUUACGCUUCGUCAGAUUCUCUCUCAGUUUGGAGAAUUACAACGGAUUUAUCUCACGCCUGAAAAUCCUACUGCUCAAGCACAUCGUAAGCGAGCUGGGAAGUUUCAACAGCAAGUAUUUUCAGAAGGAUGGGUCGAAUUUACGGAUAAAAGGGUUGCCAAGAGGGUUGCUAAUAUGUUAAAUGGCGAACAAGUUGGUGGGAGAAAGAGGUCGUCAUUCUAUUAUGAUCUUUGGAAUAUCAAGUAUUUAAGUAAAUUCAAGUGGGAUGAUCUUACUGCAGAGAUCGCUUACAAGAGUGCUGUUCGGGAGCAGAAACUAGCUCUAGAAAUUUCUGCUGCCAAAAAGGAACGGGAUUUUUAUCUUUCUAAAGUUGAUAAGUCCCGUGCUUUGAAUUCUAUAGAACGGAGAUUGGAGAAGAAGCAAAAGCUUAAACAGGGGGCGGGAAUGAAUUCUGAGCUCCCUGUUAGCCAGCAGGUAGCAAAGGUGAUUCGGCACUUCCCACAAAAGCAACCGGUUGCAGAUAAUGCAGGACAAGCCAAACCCCAACUUUCUAAAGACAUCCUGGGUGGGGUAUUUGGUGGCUCUUAGCUGCGAGUACUCACCAUAUCAAGUCGAAUACUAGAAUACAAAGGUACUGUGCACCUUUUCUGAGUGCACCUUGGGUUUGUAGUUUUGAGUUCCUGAAAAUUGUAAUGAAUCAACGGCCAUUGUUGGCUUGGUUGUGUUCUUUUGAUCAAUACCGUGGCGCUUGGACUUUUUGGAGAGUGAAGAUCAACAAUACUUUAGAACAACAAUACUACGGUGAUCGAUGUCCAAAGCAUAUAAUGUCAUUGGUUGGAA